AUGGCAGCCCAUCUGGAAGAAGCAGCAUCUAGACACGAAUAUCGCACUCUUUAUCAAACCCUGAAAAGGUUGAGUGGAAAAGCCAGACCGAUCAACGAUAAUAUCAGAAAAACAGACGGGAUUUUUGUACGAUCAUCUUUAGAACGCUUAGAACGGUGGAAGGAAUUCUCCGAAGAACUGUACAACCACGAACCACCUCAAGGACUACUAGCAGAUCCGCCUCGCAUCGAUACACCAACGACUACAAUACCUGCCGACGAGCCAACAAUCGAACAAGUGAAGACAGCCAUGCAGCCAUUGAGAAAUGGGAAAGCACCAGGUGCGGACCAUGUUACCGCAGAAGCAAUCAAGGCCGGAGGAAACGUCCUGCUCCGUCGACUCCACGCACUUCUCCAAACCAUUUGGCGUACGGAGCAAAUACCACCUACAUGGAGAAAGGCAAUCAUGGUUCCAAUUCACAAGAAAGGCGACAACAGUGAAUGCAAAAAUCAUCGCGGCAUCAGUCUCCUCGCGAUCGUUGGAAAGGUCUUGAUGAGAACCAUCCAGUCAAGCCUCUAG